AGUUCCUAAUAAUGUUCUUUUAUAGGAAAUUAGGAGGACCGAUGACGAUCGGUGACUACUCCGCACUGGCAGGGCCUAGUAAACUGCUAGAACAACGGAGGGCAUCGCAUUGGAUGUUGGAAAUACAUCAUUGCCUGCUAAGGACAGGAAGCACUACAAAAAAAUUGUACAAUGAAUUUUCACCUAAAUGAUGCGCGAAAUGUUUGAACAAGAUCGUCAUGUUACAUGCCGUGAGAUUGAAGCAUUCUUGAGAGUUAGUAAGACAAGAAUCAAUAAGAUGUUUCAUGAUCACUUUGUGAUACAAAAAGGUAUGUUCGAGUCCCACACAAUUUAAAAACGUCUUGAAAACGCGAUUAAGCAAAGUGCGUCAAAAAUUGGUACAAACGAAAGCAUAAGUGUAUUGAUCACCAUGGAGAAUAUUUUGAAAAACAAUAAAACCGUUUUCAACCACUAAUGUUCAUUUUUCCUUUGUUAGGCCAGAAAUAUUAAUAGCCACACCCUCGUAGAAAAAUCUUGUUUAUCAAAAUUACACCAGAUAGCCGUGAGAUAUGUUUUACAAAACGAAUAAAAUUCGUCAAUUCAUCAAUAAAGAGCAAAUUCAUUAAAUACGCUUUUGAAAUUUUCGAUUGAAAGAUUUAAAUUCGAUUCAUAAUAUUUAUUUAUUUACUUCACUAGAAAAUUUUCAAGUAAAUAUAUUUACUUUACUGCCUUCUAGAAUGUAACAAUCAGACAUGACCGAGAAUUUUUUCGCGCAAGUUUUGUAGAUGUACAUAAAAAAUAUAUUAGAUUCAUACCGAAAAUAAAAAUUGUUGAUAUAUACUACGUUAAACGCUUUGAGUAAAAGAAAUACUCAAAAUCGCUAAUCACUAAUUAGAUAGAUCUAUCUGUCUUAUCGCUGAUUUGUGCUGAAAUAAGAAAAAGCAUUUCUAUAUUCUACAUUUACUUAUUCAUCAAAUUAAACUCAAAGUGAACGGUUGUAGGCAAAGCCAAAUCUACGGCACUUUGUUGAGAAAGAAACGAACUCCCAGUAUUACUUGCUCAAAGUGUUUAUAUUCGACAACGUUAAUAAAAACUACUAUAAUUCAAAAUGUUGCAAUUUAAUUUGAUUGCCGCUGUUUGUGAGAACUUCGGAAUUGGCUUAAAUGGAGACCUGCCGUGGAGUUUAAAGUCAGAGUGGGAAUAUUUUACAAGCACAACAAAACGCCGACGUGAUACUGCAAAGCAGAACGUUGUUAUAAUGGGACGGUGUACGUAUUUAAGUAUACCCGAGAGUAAACGGCCGCUUGCAGAGCGACUUAACAUUGUUUUAAGCACAACGAUUUUACCAAUUGAGCUUCCUGACAAUGUGCUCUUAUUCCCAAAUCUGGAGACGGCAAUGAAGCACUUGGAGCAAGUAAAUGUAUGCGAAAAUAUUGAAACGGUUUGGAUUGUUGGCGGAAGUGGCGUAUAUAGAGAAGCUAUGUUUUCACCGCGUUGUCACCGCCUCUACAUUACAAGAAUUAAGCAAAAUUUUAAAUGUGAUAAAUAUUUUCCCAAAAUACCUAACGACUUCAAACAGAUAGAACCAGAUCUGGAGACUCCAACAGGCAUACAAGAAGAAAAUGGUAUACAAUACGAAUAUACAAUUUUACAAAAGUAAUACUACCAAACAAACUAUGAUAUGUACCCAUCAAUAUACAUACAUAAAUAAAUUCUUAUUUAAUUUUGCCAAUUCUAAAUAAACAAACAUAACUAACUAACGGGUUUUUUUUUAAUUUUGCAUGCUGUAUGAGCUAGUUCACUUCAGCCAAGACGAAUCUAUACAAGGUGAAGUCACUAUACUAAU